AUGGCUCAGUUAUCAUCCUUUUUCAUUAGCCUGGGAGUUGCAUUUUCGCUUUCUUGGCGACUUACAGUUGCAGCUCUUCCAUUCUCUAUAUUGUUUAUUGUUCCAGCACUGGGAUUUGGAAGGGUACUGAAGGACUUCGGAAGUAAAUCGAAUGGUGUGUAUAGGGUUGCUGGUGGAAUUGCUGCACAAGCAAUCUCAUCAAUACAGACUGUUUAUUCAUAUGUUGGGGAGCGUCAAACACUACAUAGAUUCAAUAGUGCCCUUCAGAAAAGUAUGGAGCUUGGUGUAAAACAGGGUUUUGUUGGAGGCAGUGGUUCUGCAAAAUCUGCAAUCAUUUCAAUACUCGAAAGAUUUUAUGACCCUGACAAAAGGAAAAUUCUGCUUGAUGGAUAUGAUAUAAAAAGACUUCAGCUUAAAUGGUUGAGAUCCCAGAUGGGACUUGUUAAUCAAGAACCAGUUCUCUUUGCAACAUCUAUAAAGGAAAACAUUUUAUUUGGAAAAGAAAGAGCUGCAAUGGAGCAUGUCAUAAGUGCAACUAAGACAGCAAAUGCACAUGACUUCAUCGUUAAGUUAGCUGAUGGAUAUGAUACUCAAGUGGGCCAAUUUGGAGUUCAGUUGUCUGGAGGGCAAAAGCAAAGGGUUGCUAUAGCAAGGGCACUGCUUAGAAAUCCAAGAAUCCUUCUGCUUGAUGAAGCCACAAGCGCUUUGGAUGCACAAUCUGAAAGUGUAGUGCAGGAAGCACUAGACCAUGCUUCGAUCGGAAGGACAACACUUAUUGUUGCUCAUCGGCUUUCCACAAUUUGCAAAGCAGAUUUGAUAGUGGUUCUUCAAUCUGGGAAAGUAAUUGAGUCAGGCUCCCAUGAGGAGCUGAUACAUUUGAAAAACUGA